UUUUUCCCGUAGUCUUCUUCCUCUCCUUCCCACGUGUUGCUCCUAGCUUCGAGAGGAUUUCCAGAACCCACUCGCAGCUCCAGAUCACCGAGUGAGUGCAAGGCAUUUGUGUCGCCACACAUUCGUCAUACAUACAUUGAGGAAUGGGUGUUGGUUUGCUGGGGAGCACAUCGGGCUCGUUGGUUUUAUUUCGUUGCGGUGGACUCAUCGCAGCAGCUGAGUUCGUCGCGUGAAGGUUUUAGCAACUCCGUCGUGAUUUUAUACACACACACAUAGAUACGUAUAUUGAUUCACAUUUUUUAUAUAAUUCUUCGCGUGAGUAAAUAUUUGUCCGGGAUGCUGCUGGUGUGAGAUUUUGGGUACGGUGGGGGAGACCAUGGUAGCAGUGGGAGUCAUGGGAGCUCUGCCUCUGACCUCGAUUGCACAUUGUGCAACGACUUCGUCGUACCAACAAACGCGGUAUGGGGUGGUGGGUUGUAAGGUGCCUGCUUUGGUCCAGAUCGACAGCGUGUUCGGCUUUGCUGCGUCUGAAUUGCAAGGAGAUUUUCGGAAACCGAGUCAGUUGUUUCUCGGGAAUGGUUUUAGGGUUAGUGGGCGCCAAAGCCAGUGGCAGCGCAGUGCAUUGGAUAUCCGUGCCGUAGACGCCGCUCAGCCAUUCGAUUACGAAUCGAGGAAGUUACAGGAGCUGGAGAAGAGCAGUAAGUUGAAAGUUGGAAUCGUUGGGUUUGGAAAUUAUGGCCAGUUUCUGGCGGCGAGGAUAACAAGCCAAGGGCAUAGGGUUUUGGCGCAUUCUCGAACAGACUACAGCGAGAAGGCUCAAGAAUUAGGUGUGACAUAUUUCAGGAAUGCAGAUGAUUUUUGUGAGGAGCAUCCCGAGGUCGUUUUACUGUGCACCUCCAUAUUGUCAACUGUGGCUGUGUUGCAGAGUCUUCCUCUACAACGGCUCAGGCGCAACACCUUGUUUGUCGACGUUCUCUCUGUGAAGGAAUUUCCGAAGAAUCUUUUCCUUCAGGCGUUGCCCGCCGAAUUCGAUGUUCUCUGUACUCAUCCUAUGUUUGGCCCCGAGAGUGGCAAGGGAAGCUGGGCUGGGUUGCCGUUUGUUUAUGACAAAGUUCGCAUCAGCAACGGCCGACGGUCCAGGAUCGCUGACCGGUUCCUGGACAUUUUUGCGAGUGAGGGUUGUCGCAUGGUGAAGAUGACAUGUGCAGAGCACGAUCGGUAUGCAGCGGGGAGCCAAUUCAUCACUCACACCGUUGGGAGGGUGUUGGGAAAGCUUGGGUUAGAGUCGACGCCAAUCAACACUAAGGGUUAUGAGACACUACUUAGACUUGUGGAGAACACAGAAGGUGAUAGCUUUGACCUAUACUAUGGGCUGUUCAUGUACAACCCAAACGCUACUGAGGAGCUGGAGCGGCUAGAAAUAGCUUUCGACUCUAUAAAGAGGCAGCUGUUCGGACAACUUCACGAUGUUUUGAGGAAGCAGCUAUUUGGUGCAAAUGUUGCAGAUAAAGCCAGACUUCCACAUGACCCUUCCAACUCAUCUUCAACGAAUGGGAUUUCUAAAAAUGGUGGCUCUGGAAUUGCUAGCAACAGUAACACUGCGCUCCCUAUCUUAGAGUCGGUCUUGGGCAAUUCCAAUGAAUUGGACAAAGAUUCCGAUUCUAUUUCGAAAAGCUCGAAGCAGUGAUGUUCUGUAAUCCAGAAUCCUCGAAGCGUAUUCUGUAGAGCACUUUCAGACGCAUUAUUAAAGUGCUUUUAUUUGAUCAACUCUCUCUGUAUCGUCGCAAUUUGGAGUCGAAGCUGUUGCAUAGGUUUAUUGGACACAUCUUUUCAUGAAUUUGAGGUAUAAGAGCACUAGAAGUAUAUAUUUUCCCAACUCUUUUUCAUGGAUCAGACUGAAGCUUUGUCGUAACUCACUUAAAUAUACUUGAUGUUUUUAUUUGACAUCAUUUAUGAAUAUUAUUGAA